UUUGGGCAGGUGAACACGAACGUCUUCUUUACGAUAGACUCACUCAUGGCUAUAAUGUUUUGGCCAGGCCUGUAAAAAAUGAAAGUGCGCCUAUAAUAGUUCAUUUAGGGAUGGAUUUACAGGCUAUUAUAGAUAUUGACGAGAAAGCCCAAAUAAUGCAAACAAAUAUUUGGGUACGGAUGAAUUGGGAAGACAUUUUUCUGACUUGGGAUCCAGCAGAAUAUGGGGAUAUUAAAGAAGUAAGAUUGCCAAUAACCUCUAUUUGGAAACCCGAUGUUCUUUUAUACAAUUCUGUUGAUCAACGUUUCGAUACUUUAUGGCCAGUAAAUGCUAUUGUUAAAUAUAAUGGGUCUGUUACUUGGAUACCUCCAGCAAUUAUUAGAUCUUCAUGCAGAAUUGAUGUAACAUCAUUCCCCUUUGAUGACCAAACAUGUGCAAUGAAAUUUGGCUCUUGGACUUAUUCUGGCUUUUUUACUGAUUUAUAUAAUGAUUCUGUUUCUUUAGAUCCCUACACUCCAAAUGGAGAAUGGAAUUUAUUAAGUGUACAAUCAGUUCGCAACCGUUUAGUUUAUGAUUGCUGUCCAGAACCUUAUGUUGAUGUUACUUUUCUUAUUUCUGUUAGAAGGCGAACCCUAUAUUAUGGUAGCUUUUAUUUUUAA